AUGAGCCUCACCCAGUACCUCCCGUCGACGCCUGCGGGCGGAGGCAUCCUUCCCUACUGGCUCCUCAUCACUUCCGCUGCGAGCAUUUACAAUGUCGGCCAGAACUACGUUACCCUCAAGCAGAGCAAGGAGGUUUAUGCGGGCAAGCCUGAGGAGAUGACGCCCCUUGCUGGACGGCUGUUUGGCGCGUGGACUGCCAUGGCGGCGGUGGUGCGGUUGCUCGCAGCCUACGAUAUUUCGAACCAGGGCCUCUACGACCUGGCGAUCUGCGCGUUCGGCGUCGCCACAAUCCACUUCACCACCGAGUGGCUCAUCUUCGGCACCGUCAAACUUAACCGCGGCAGUGCUGGUCCUCUUCUUGUCGGUUCCAGCGGAUUGGUGUGGGCCCUCACCCAACGCGACUACUACCUCGGCCGCAUCUAG